GUACACGUAACAUGAACACUCGGUGCAGUCGGUCACUCAGUUCCUAGCAGCGACAAAACGAACUCAGGUAUCAUCGUCCCGCCAAAGAGGAAAACUAGGGUUUAAGCUUUCCCUCUCUUCAAACAACCAAAAACCUCGACGCACAGACAAUUAAUCUCUUUCUUGCUUCGAUUCGGAACCCUAUAAUUUUCCAAAAUGAGCUUCGCGGCCUACAAAAUGAUGCACUGGCCAACUGGCAUAACCCACUGCGGCUCGGGUUUCAUCACUCACUGCCGCGCCGACUACGUGCCUCAAAUUCCGUUAAUUCAGACGGACGAACUUGAAUCAGAGUGGCCCGCAAAGAAAGAAAUCGGCCCGGUCCCGAACCUCAUUGUUACUGCUGCUAACAUUCUCGAAAUUUAUGUAGUUAGGGUACAGGAAGAGGGAAGUAAAGAGCCCAAAAAUUCUGGAGAAACAAAACGCAGCAUUUUAAUGGAUGGAGUAUCCGGUGCUUCUCUCGAACUCGUUUGCCAUUACAGAUUGCAUGGUAAUGUGGAAUCAAUGGCUAUAUUGUCAAAAGGUGGGAGUGACAAUUCAAGGAGAAGAGACUCGAUUAUUUUGGCAUUUCAAGAUGCGAAAAUAUCAGUUUUGGAGUUUGAUGAUUCACUUCAUGGACUUCGUAUAACCUCUAUGCACUGUUUUGAGGGCCCGGAGUGGCUUCAUUUGAAAAGAGGUAGAGAAUCAUUUGCUAGAGGCCCGGUGUUAAAGGUUGAUCCUCAAGGCAGGUGUGGCAGCGUUCUUGUAUACGGAUUGCAAAUGAUAGUACUUAAGGCUGCUCAGGGUGGAUCUGGUUUGGUUGGAGAUGAGGAUGCUUUUGGUUCUGGAACUGCUGUUUCUGCCCGUAUCGAGUCAUCAUAUGUUAUCAACUUGAGAGAUUUAGACAUGAAGCAUGUGAAAGAUUUUAUAUUUGUACAUGGUUAUAUUGAGCCUGUGAUGGUCAUCCUUCAUGAGCGGGAGCUUACAUGGGCUGGGCGUGUGUCAUGGAAGCACCAUACCUGCAUGAUUUCUGCACUAAGUAUCAGCACAACUUUAAAGCAGCAUCCACUUAUAUGGUCAGCCAUGAAUCUUCCCCAUGAUGCUUACAAGCUACUUGCAGUGCCAUCGCCAAUUGGUGGCGUUCUUGUCAUUGGUGCGAAUACAAUUCAUUAUCACAGUCAGUCGGCCUCAUGUGGAUUGGCUUUGAACAAUUAUGCUGUUUCUGCUGAUAACAGUCAAGAGCUUCCAAGAUCAAGUUUCAUUGUAGAACUUGAUGCUGCCAAUGCCACUUGGUUGUUAAAUGAUGUGGCUUUGCUGUCAACAAAAACUGGGGAGCUACUACUUUUGACUCUUGUUUAUGAUGGGCGGGUUGUGCAGAGGCUUGAUCUUUCCAAGUCUAAUCCUUCAGUACUUACUUCUGACAUCACAACAAUUGGAAAUUCACUAUUUUUUCUGGGGAGUCGGCUGGGAGACAGUUUGCUUGUGCAAUUUUCUUGUGGAUCAGGAGCCUCAAUGCCGUCAUCAGGUUUAAAAGAAGAGUUUGGAGAUGUUGAUGGUGAUAACUCUUCAGCAAAGCGAUUGCGGAGGUCUUCUUCUGAUGCCUUGCAAGAUAUGGUUAGUGGUGAGGAGCUUUCCUUGUAUGGUUCGGCUCCAAAUAACACAGAAUCAGUGCAGAAAACAUUUUCUUUUGCUGUGAGGGAUUCAUUGGUUAACAUUGGACCUUUGAAGGACUUUUCAUAUGGCUUGAGAAUGAAUGCUGAUGCAAGUGCAACCGGAAUUUCCAAACAAAGUAAUUAUGAACUGGUGUGCUGUUCUGGUCAUGGAAAGAAUGGUGCUCUCUGUGUACUUCGGCAGUCAAUUCGCCCUGAAAUGAUUACUGAGGUUGAGCUGCCAGGUUGCAAAGGAAUUUGGACCGUUUACCACAAGAGUUCACGCAGUCAUAAUGCUGAUUCUUCUAAAAUGGCUGCCUAUGAUGAUGAAUAUCAUGCAUAUUUAAUUAUAAGUUUGGAGGCUCGAACAAUGGUACUUGAAACAGCUGAUCUUUUGACAGAAGUCACUGAAAGUGUGGACUAUUAUGUGCAAGGAAGAACAGUUGCUGCUGGGAAUUUGUUCGGAAGGCGUCGAGUUGUUCAGGUCUUCGAACGUGGUGCUCGAAUUCUAGAUGGUUCUUUUAUGACUCAAGAUUUAAGCUUUGGAGCACAAAACUCUGAAUCUAGUUCUGGUUCUGAAAAUCCCACCGUGCUGUCUGUUUCAAUUGCUGAUCCAUAUGUGUUGAUGAGAAUGAAUGAUGGAACUAUUCAACUACUUGUUGGAGAUCCUUCUACAUGCACUGUUUCUAUACAGACUCCAUCUACCAUUGAAAAUUUGAAGAAGCCAAUAUCUGCCUGUACUUUGUAUCAUGAUAAAGGACCAGAACCGUGGCUCCGAAAGACAAGUACUGAUGCAUGGCUUUCUACUGGUGUAGGAGAGUCCAUUGAUGGUGCUGAUGGUGGGCCACUUGAUCAGGGAGAUAUAUAUUGUGUUGUUUGUUAUGAGAGUGGUGACCUAGAAAUAUUUGAUGUGCCAAAUUUUAUUUGUGUUUUCACUGUGGAUAAAUUUUUAUCUGGAAGAACUCACCUUAUUGAUACCUAUAAAUGGGAGCCAUCCAAAGAUUCCCAGACAAAUAUAAACAGAAAUUCUGAAGAAGUUACUGGGCAAAGCCGUAAAGAAAAUAUCCAGAACAUGAAAGUUGUUGAGUUGGCCAUGCAAAGAUGGUCUGGACAUCAUAGCCGCCCUUUCCUUUUUGGAAUAUUGACUGAUGGGACAAUUCUUUGUUACCAUGCCUACCUAUAUGAGGGUCCAGAGGGAUCCUCUAAAAUUGAGGAUUCCAUUUCUGUGCAGGGUUCUUCCAGUGUAGGGAAUGCUAGUGCUUCCAGGCUUAGAAAUUUGAGAUUUGUUCGGAUCCAACUGGAUGCUUACACAAGGGAGGAGAUGUCCAAUGAAGAACCAUGCCAAAGAAUUACCAUUUUCAAAAAUAUUAGUGGUCAUCAAGGGUUUUUCCUUUCUGGGUCAAGACCUACUUGGUUUAUGGUAUUCAGAGAGCGACUUCGGGUUCAUCCACAGCUAUGUGAUGGGUCUAUCUUAGCCUUCACUGUUCUCCAUAAUGUGAAUUGUAAUCAUGGGCUCAUAUAUGUUACAUCACAGGGUAUCUUGAAGAUUUGCCAGUUUCCAUCUAUAUCAACCUAUGAUAACCAUUGGCCAGUUCAAAAAAUUCCAUUGAAGGCUACUCCUCAUCAAGUCACUUAUUUCGCAGAGAAGAAUUUAUACCCACUAAUAGUUUCAGUUCCUGUUCCAAAGCCAUUGAAUCAAGUUCUUUCAUCGCUGAUUGAUCAAGAAGUGGGCCAUCAGACUGACAAUCAAAAUUUGGGUUCUGUUGAACUCCAUAGAACUUACUAUGUAGAGGAAUUUGAGGUUCGAAUUAUGGAACCAGAAAGGACUGGUGGUCCUUGGCAAACAAGGGCUACAAUUCCAAUGCAAAGUUCUGAAAAUGCUCUUACCGUGCGGAUGGUCACGCUGUUUAAUACAACCACAAAAGAGAAUGAAACACUUUUGGCUGUUGGGACUGCUUAUGUGCAAGGGGAGGAUGUUGCAGCAAGAGGACGUGUCCUUUUGUUUUCUCUAGGACGAAAUGCUGAUAAUCUUCAGAAUUUGUUUGCAGAAGUUUAUUCAAAGGAAUUGAAGGGUGCUAUAUCUGCUGUAGCCUCUCUUCAAGGUCGUCUGUUGAUAGCUUCUGGUCCAAAAAUUAUUUUACACAACUGGACUGGUACUGAGUUGAAUGGCAUUGCCUUUUAUGAUGCUCCUCCGUUAUAUGUCGUGAGCCUAAAUAUUGUAAAAAAUUUUAUCCUCCUUGGUGACGUUCAUAAAAGCAUAUACUUUCUUAGUUGGAAGGAACAGGGGGCUCAACUUAACUUAUUGGCCAAAGAUUUUGGCUCGCUGGAUUGUUUUGCAACAGAAUUUUUGAUAGAUGGAAGUACUCUGAGUCUCAUGGUUUCAGAUGACCAGAAAAAUGUCCAGAUUUUCUAUUAUGCACCAAAGAUGUCUGAGAGUUGGAAGGGACAAAAGCUUCUGGCAAGGGCUGAAUUUCAUGUCGGUGCCCAUGUCACAAAAUUCUUGCGGUUGCAGAUGCUUUCUACCUCAUCUGGUGCUGCUUUGGGAUCUGAUAAAACCAAUCGCUUCGCAUUAUUGUUUGGUACCCUGGAUGGUAGCAUUGGGUGUAUUGCUCCUCUUGAUGAACUCACUUUUCGUAGAUUGCAGUCCCUACAGAAAAAGCUCGUUGAUGCUGUUGCCCAUGUUGCUGGUUUAAAUCCAAGAGCUUUUCGCCAGUUCCGCUCAAAUGGAAAGGCCCAUCGGCCUGGCCCUGAUAGCAUAGUCGAUUGUGAACUGCUUGGCCAUUAUGAGAUGCUCCCAUUGGAGGAACAGCUGGAAAUUGCUAACCAGAUCGGAACAACUCGUUCACAAAUUCUUUCAAAUCUGAAUGACCUUGCAUUAGGAACUAGCUUCUUGUGAAAGCAGCCUCUAAUGCUGAUCAACCAGCAUCACGAGAAUCUCGCAAAAGAUUUUGUAGAUGAUAGUUGUAACAUCGGUGACCCGAAUUGCCCUGCCAAUUCCAUGUUUGAUUGAAUCAACGGCAGUUAAUUGACUUGUUUUAUCUGUUGAAGAGGAAGAAAAUCAUGCUGAAAUUGUUGUAUCCAUGGAACUAGGGCUGAGGGCUAGCCACAGAUUCAUAUAAAGUGAAGGGCCUAUAAACUAUAUAAAUAUUGUAAAGAUAUUAACUUUGCUGCAUUAUAUUAUUAUUAUUAUUGUAGUUUAA